AUGUCUGCCCGCGAGAUCAUGCACAUGUUGACUCGACCAGCCGUCCUGCAAAUUCUACGCGCUGCGGGCUUCCAUUCUGCUCGACCGUCGGUGAUUGAAGCUCUGACGGAUAUUACUGCAAAGCAUCUACUACUUCUCGCUACUCGAACCGUCGCUCAUGCAUAUGGGAAUCAUAACGACGCGACCCCGACGAUCACGGAUGUCCGCAUGGCCAUGGACGAUGCCGGCUGUUUCACGACCACCAUGACCGCUUCCGAAGAAGCAUGGAUUGAGGCGAUGCGAAAGCCCACUGGCGAAGGCAAGGGUGCGCAGAAAGAAGAAGAUCGGAGAACGGAGGAAGACACCAAGGAUAUACAGGAGUUCAUCGACUGGGUCCAAGGCGAUGGGAAUAAGGAGAUCAUGCGGAUUGCGGGGAUGCUAAAAUCGGACGAUCUUAUGGAGCUAGAUGGGGAAAAAGAGAGGCUAGACUAUUUAACAGCAUUGAAGAGGAAGCAUAGCAAGACCGGAGACCAAUCACGCUUCCAGGGUACGGUACUUGGCAUUGAAGCAGACGAUCACGAUAUCACAAUUGAAGGUGGCCCUGUGGCGUCCUUGACGGACUGGCAGGUCAUGGUCCGUCAGCGA